AGGUGCAGCCCACCCUCCUCUGCGCCUUUGGUGGGUGAUUUGGUGGCAAUAGAUCGCAGCAACAUAUUCGACCUCGUGGGUAACGAAAGAGGACGGAGCGACAUACAAAGCGACAAGGGAAACUGACGAACGAGAGAGAGAGGGAGAGGGAGAGAAGAGAGUGUGUGUUUGUGUUCUGUAUUUACCAUCUUCUCUUCUCCGUCUUCUUCGUCCUGGUGAAUUCUUCAAUGGCGUCAAUUCUAUCUUCCUUCAGGUACUCGGACAGUCUUGUGGUCGUAGGCAUCUCAAUCUGCACAGCUUUUCUGUGCGAAGGCAUUUCAUGGCUUCUAAUCUACCGCACCUCCUCCUACAAGUCACUCCGUUCAUCGAUCGACAAAGCCUCCAAGAAGCUCGAGACCAUGAAGACCGGCGAAAACAAGGGACCCAACAAGAAAUCCAAGACCAAGAAGAUCGAUCGAGUAGAGACAAGUCUAAAGGAAUCCAGCCGUGAUCUCUCCCUCUCCAAAUUCAAGUCCGGUGCCGUCGUCGCUCUCGUCCUCUUCGUUGUCUUUGGGUUGUUGAAUUCUCUCUUCGAAGGGAAACCUGUCGCCAAGUUGCCCUUCUCUCCGGCUGGUUUUGUUCAGAAGAUGAGCCACCGGGGUUUGCCUGGCAAUGACCCAACUGAUUGUUCGAUGGCGUUUUUGUAUUUCUUAUGCUCGAUUAGUAUCAGGACCAAUUUGCAGAAGUUUCUAGGGUUUUCGCCCCCCAGAGGGACUGCCAACGCUGGGUUGUUCCCGAUGCCUGAUCCGAAGACCAACUGAUUCGGUUUAACAGUUGAUUUGAGAUCACUAGUACAAAAGGAUAAGGAUUUGUGUUUUCAUCUGUGUUGGCCGUACUGUGUUGGAUACUGGAGCAGCAUUGAAGUCUCAAAAAGCAUAGAGCCUAUGAAACUGGAGCUAGGAAAUUUGGUUAGACCGUGUCAUAUUUACUUAGUUAAAAACAGUUAGGAACCCAGAAUUAAAAUAAAAAUCUCUAUCUGCAAUGAGAUAGUAAAAUAUUGCAUUAGUGAUGAUUGCGAGAUUCUUACUAGGAAGACUUUUUCCAUGUCACACUUUUCUCUUUCUUUAUGCUUCAAGACCCCUCAAAACUCUGUUGAAUUCUUGAGUUUAAUUAAAACAAGAAAAAUUGUUUCC